AUGAGUAAUGAUCAUUGUAUUUCAAACAAGUUGAAAUGUAAAUUAUGUCUUAAUAGUAUCUUGACCGAUCAAAAGUUGAUUGUAAUGCCAUGCUGUGAUGAAAAAUAUCAUGAAAAGUGUGGUGAAAAUUUUCUGAUAAAUGAACCUUUCUGCCCCUAAUGUAAAACAAAUUUGAAUCAGAUUAACAACAUUAUAAACGGUUGGCAAAACGAAUUGACUUACUCAAGGUUCAAAUUAAACUUAAACAUUCAAACAAAUAAAAUAUUAAGAUAGAGCUAAAAAUCAUAAUUUGAUUAAUUAUCAAGCAAUAAAAAUAAUGAUGAAAUUCCUACUUCAGAUGUUCUAGAAGUUUAUUUAAACGAGGAAGAAGAAAGUCAACAAGAUAAAAGGCUAAGAGAUACUAUUAACAGUCUUUCAGCUAAUAAAGUUGGAUACUGUGAAAUUUGCAAAUUAACUAAGUAACUGAGAGAAUAUAUUAGAUAGGAGGAAUCUUAGAUGAAUAAUAAAGCAUCCUAGCCUUUCGCAUAAUAAGAUCAUUAAUUAUCGACUUCUUUAAAUAAUUAACUAAAUAGUGGAGAAUCUAACAAUAAGAAUCUUUAUAAUCAAAUUCAGCAAUAGAGUAAAUUUAACUAAUUAGUUAAAGCUGAUUAAAUAGUUACAACUAAUUAAUGUUAGAACCCUCAAGAGAAUAUCUAAAAUAAUUCUCAAAGUGAUAUUAAAAAGGUGAUUACAAUUGAUUAAGUAAAUUGGAAGGACUUUAAUCCUGAAAAGUAAAAUAAGACUAAAGUUUUUGAUGAUUAAUUCUACAAAAGCUUAGAAAAAUAAGAUUUAUCAAAAGGAUAAGAAAUUUUAGCUAAAUUAACAAAUGGUAGGAAUAUGUGUGAAUUUUUAGGAGGAUUACUCGGUAAAAAUAGUGCUUUCGACCAACCUGAGACUAAAUCAUUUUCUGAUUUACUUGAAAAAGUAGACAACAUAACAAAAUAAUAAAUGCCAGAUUUAGAAUUCAAUGAUUAUUCUAAUCCUGAAAAUUAAUAAAAAUUUCUUUAGUAGUUAGGCAAAGAUUUAAGCGAAAACUUCUUUUAUCAUAAACAUAAAAAAUGA